AUGACCAUCCCCAUCGCCACGAUAACCAGCUUCCGAACCGCCUACAACCCCUUCUCCCGCGCUGCCCGCCCAUGCCGUCUCUUCCUGGGCAUGCUGCGCACACCAGACACUAUCCCAACAAGCAGCCCGACCCACAUCGAUAUCAAGGUGAAGCAGUUGCCGCGCGACUCCACCGAGUCACCGACCAUGACUGUCGGUUUUAAGGGCGGCAAGGAGCUUACGCUAGAUGUUGGAAAGCGCGGGCUGAAGAUUGGCGAUGUUAUCGAGGAGGUGUCCCGUGUUGGCAGAGCUCUGCAACGGGAGGCCAGCUUGAAGAACUAG